GAGGAGAGGUAGGGGGUCCCAUCCGCCCGCCGCUGCCGCCUUCCCGUCGAGGAGGGAAAGCCGGCGCUUGUAGGGAAAAGGGGGAGCCCUUGCCAGCCCCGGGUCCGCAGCCGCGUCCGCCCGUCUUUCCGCCCUUCCGUCCGUCCGUCCGUCGCGCGCCCGCGCCGGCGGGGACCACCGCAGCCGAGACCAUGUUUGACAAGACGCGGCUGCCGUACGUGGCCCUCGAUCUGCUGUGCGUGUUGCUGGCUUCCCUGCCUAUGACUGUUCUAAAUUUUGGCCAAAUAUACCCAUUUCAGAGAGGCUUUUUCUGUUCUGACAACAGCAUCAAGUACUCGUACCAUGACAGUACCGUCACAACCACCAUGCUCGUCCUGGUGGGGGUUGGCUUACCCAUUUCCUAUAUGAUAGUUGGAGAAACUCUGUCUGUUCACCUUAACCUAUUGCACUCCAAUUCCUUUGUGCGGAAUAACUACAUAGCCACGAUCUACAAAGCCAUAGGGACGUUUCUGUUUGGGGCUGCUGCUAGUCAGUCCCUGACUGACAUUGCCAAGUAUUCAAUAGGUAGAUUACGGCCCCACUUCUUGGACAUUUGUGACGUAGACUGGUCAAAAAUCAACUGCAGCGAUGGUUACAUUGAGAAUUACAUAUGUCGGGGGAAUGCUGCAAAAGUCAGGGAAGGCAGAUUGUCCUUCUACUCGGGCCACUCGUCCUUCUCCAUGUACUGCAUGCUGUUCUUGGCACUGUAUCUUCAAGCAAGGAUGAAGGGAGACUGGGCAAGACUCUUACGGCCCACACUGCAAUUUGGUUUUGUGUCUCUCUCCAUUUACGUGGGCCUUUCCCGAGUUUCUGAUUAUAAACACCACUGGAGUGAUGUGCUGACUGGACUUGUUCAAGGAGCUGUGGUUGCAAUACUGGUGGCUGUCUAUGUGUCAGAUUUCUUCAAGGAGAGGAAAUCACCCUUUACCGAGCGGAAAGAGGAGGAUUCUCACACGACUCUGCAUGAAACACCGACCGCAGGAAAUCACUACAGGACCAAUCACCAGCCGUGAAGGGCAGGAGCUGGCCUGCUUUCCGACGGCGCCAGCAGCGUCCUGCUUCCUGGGGUUCAGGCCGGAUGGAGCUGCUGCUUACUUUAUUUGUGUACAUAGUUACAUUUACCACAACAAGGGUCUAAUAGCUCCCAGUUCAUAUAAAAAAUUUCAAGUCUUCCACUAAAACAGUACCCCACCUGUAUAUUUUUUAUUAAAAGAUAUUAUGCUUAUGUA